CAAGACAGAAAAAGUAUCCCCACCCUGCACCCGUAAAACGAAGCCGGCAUCCGGUACCUCCUCCCUCCCUCACCUACCCCGGCCGCCGCCGAUGCCCCUCCUCGCCGAGGAGACGGAUGGGUGGCGCCGGCAGGUUUCCUCGGACUGGCCAGGAUCCCGGCAGCUGCUCUACUUCCAUAGCUGGGCAGGCGCGAGCACGAGCACCAGCACCAGCACCAGCGCGAGAUCUAUGCACAUGUUGUAUGUGCCAAGAUCUGCAAGCAUUAAAGUUUUCAUCAGGUGUCUAGAUCCUCCUCACUGAAAGGGGCUUCCGUGGUACCAAGCCUUGGUAAUGAGCAAGGUUGAACCAGCAUUCCCAAUGAACCAAGUACUUUCCCAAUGCAAAAGCAGCCACUGAAACUGACGGUUUCCGCUUGGUUUCUGAACUAGUAUUGUGCAUGGUGGCUUGGUGAAGUUUGGGGAUAAAAAAGGUUCCAAGUUAUGCUCAAACUCUCGCGGAAAAACAAACGAAAUGGUGACAAGGGCACAACUCUGAGGCUAUCUGAUCACGACCAAUGGACUUUCAGUGAUGGGAUACUUCAGGAUUUUUCUUUCUUUCUUUCUUGGUGCUGUUUACAUAGCUUGCCAUUACUUUGCUCUUGGUAACAGCACAACGUGCACACGCCGGCUCCACAAUGGCAGAACGGAAAACUCAAGUCGUUAACAGUUGUGCAUCACAUGGCUGUUGGCAGUAUGGUUAAGUGACCUGACAAGACCUGAAGGGAACAAAAAAGACAACACCAAAUUGGUUCUCAAUUGGAGCUAGCAUACUCUAGUUCGUCCACAAAAGCAUUAGAUGUUGUGAGUUGCUGCAGAACACCAAACUUCAAAGCAGAUUGUUUGAACAGCCGCAGAUUAGACCAGAGCUAUGCAUGCGUGGAGCUAGCUGUGGAUUUCGGGACGUGUCGCCCUUGGCUACAUACAUGUGACCUUCGGAUUGGACCGAUCGAACAGCAAAAGUUUUACUACGACGCAAGAAACAUCUAGAACAUCUUAUAUAUCAACCAACGUGUAUAGAGGAGUAUUUGUGAAGAGGAGAGGUUAAUUGAGAGCUCGGUAGUGGAUUGGUGAGCUCGAGCGGAGGCCACCACCGGUCCACACGGCGGCCGCCUCCCACACCGAGAGUUGGCCGCGCCGUCGCGCUCCGGUUCCUCCAGCAACUCCUCUCGGUUUUGGCAGCCUACAGGCUCCAGGCUCCAGCGCCUCCAACACCAAGGCUCCAGCACCUGACCGCCGUGAACGUCCAGCAAAGCCCCCUCCCCCGCCUCGUAGCCAACUUGUUAGUACUCGGUGUGUUGCUGAUGAAUUUGGUGUGCGUUUUGCUUGUUUGAUUUCAGUUGCAACUAGGGCGGAAGCAUGUCCAGUGAAGAGGUUGCCACUUCUGUCAUUGCAUUGUCCCCAGUUUUAGACGAAUGCCAUUUUCCCAUGGUCAGAUGCGAGUAUGAACAGCCCUAUGUAAAGUCCCUCUCGACCAUGUUGCUUGGUCUGAGUGCCGCAACAUUGAAGUGCAAGAGAGGCAUCAAACUGAGCCCGGGAGAAAGUUUUAUUUAUGAUGAGGAGAAUAAGGUUCCAAAGGAGAAGCUCCCCCUCAAUCAGAUGCCGCAAGAGAAGCUUCCACUCUAUCUCUAUGAGGCUGGAGUGAGUCCUAAGCACGCAAAGACACUUAACGAUACCCACAUAUAUGUCAAGCGUGCUAGUGAGGGAACUGUGCUGGUCGGUACCUUAUCUGCAAGACAGCCAUGUAUCCCACUCGAGCUCACUUUGGGUGAACAUUGUGUGCUUACACAUGACUCCGUAAGGAGGGACGUGUUCUUCAAUGGGUUUUGCAUCACCAAUCCGGAGCCUGUCACAUUUGAAGCAAAAGAGUUAUGGGUUGAUGAGGUGCACCCAUCUAAAGAGAUUAACAUCAAUCCUCUUGACGAGGGAAAGGAGUAUCACCUUUUGGAGGUUUACUCGAAGAAAAACACAAAUGAGAGUAUAGAUUUUCAUUUUCGCUGUAAGGAGAGAACGUUACUGGGUAAGCUUGCAGGUUGCAGUCGUACCCAAUUAAACUCCGUGUUUGAUGAUGUGGUUAGCUUAUCACACAAUUCACAUAUGACGAGUGUUUUCUUCUCCGGCUACACGGUGCCCAGCCAACCGUUUGACUUUAAACUAAAAGAGUUGAAUGAGUAUAAAGAGCCCGAGGAGCUUAAUCUAAAGGCAACUCCAAAACUAUCAUUGGACCCUGAAUACCAGUCCUACAAGGAAAGGCUUGCAAAAGUGCGCAGUGGCACUCCCAAGCAGAAGCCCGGUGCCAAUUCCAAGCAGCCAGAGGUGAAUCUGAUCACUAUUUCACCACUGACUGCUCCACUUAUCUUCAAUGAUCGGGCUAGUUGCCAGUUUUUCUAUGGCAAGUCCCGUGGGCUCUUCUGGGCCCCAAAGCAAAAGCUUGAGGAUUGCAAUAACAUGGUGGCCAAAACUCCUUUGAAGACAUCUGCUUCCAAAAAGAAGGCAAAGAUCUUCUGGGGAGUUGUCGUCAAGCCUGGAGAGAUAGAAGAGUGUGACCCAGGAAAGUCAUAUCGUCAUUUAUCGCUGAUAGCAUUGGAGACUAGGACUGAAGAGAAUGUGGAAGUUUUCGUGGAGACCGAUGAUAAAUGUAUUAUGCUUGGAACACUUUCAGCUGAUAAUGAUCCUCAUUUUGAAACCAAUCUGGUGCUCAAAAAGAAGUUUAAACUUUGGCAUUCGUCAAGGGCCACAAACAUCUGCUUUACUGGCUACAAAUUCAAUAUUAUGGACAGAUCUACCAAAGGAGGUGAUGAAUCUAACGAGGAUAUUCCGUUACUAAUUCCACUCGACUCCAAUACGGAUGCUGCACAUGGUGCUGACAAGCUUACUUCACCAAGGCCUGCUGAUGCUCCACCCUUUGAACCGAAGGAUACAGUUGAGGAACCAACUAGUCCUGGGAAGCCAAAGGGAGAUGAUAAGGGCAAGACUGUUACAGAGAAUCAAAGUGAUGGCAAUGAUAGUGAGAGUUAUGAAGAUGUGGAUUCUCCUAGAAAGGUGGAGAAAAGGCCAAUGGGAACACUGCCGAAGGCACCUCAGGGGAAGAAGACAAAGAUAGAAACACGAAGUACGAGCAACAAAACUGGAGAACAGGCUUGUAACACAGGUGACUAUGUCCAUGCUGCGACCCUUCGCUCAGCAAGAUGUGCAAGCAAUGCACCUGGAAGCAAAAAGGCGUCAAAGCAGCCCACGUCUCAUACCUGCAGUUCAUGCAGCAGGCAUUUCAGCUCCCCAAUGGCUCUCAGAGAUCAUUCCAAGGCGAAGCAUGGGUCCGCUGAUUCAUCUUAGGCAUAUCGUGGGCAGAGUGAGAUGUUAGCUAGUAGGGUAGGGGUGGGGGUCCUGGUUAACUGAAUUUUGGUAUCGGUGACGCAGAGAUGGUGUGGAUAGAGGUCGCCUUUUCUGGCAUUGCUUGGCACGCACAAUCGGCAGUUUUCUCUCUUUUGUCACCGUUCUGGACUUGUUGUUGGUGGUAUCCUAGAAUUAGAAAUGCUGUUAUCUGUGCCGGAUUCUGAGAUCAGUGGUAAUUAUUUCGGUUGGUCUCUACUAUGUUGAUGGACGUUUCUUUC